AUGUGCAACAUACUCUGUUCCAAGUGCGAGAAACCCCACAAGUGUACAGUGUGCGACAAACGGUUCAUACAGGCAACCCAACUGCGUUCCCAUAUGUUUCAUCACACAGGCGAAAAUGGGUUCGAUUGCGACAAUUGUGGAAUGGCAUUCAACAGGAAAGCCCGACUCGAUGAGCACAUACGUUUUGUCCACAACAAGGAGUACCCCUUGCAAUGUGAGGUUUGUUCGAAAGGAUUCAUGCGCAAAGAGGAUCUAUCGCGACACAUGGACUCUCACAGUGAUGUGAAAAACUUUGCAUGCGAUCAAUGUAGUAAGCGUUUCGUGUCCAGAACUGCAAUGAAGCUUCAUCAGCGAACUCAUGCAGUGGAAGCGCCGGCCACGUGUCACAUUUGCGAACGUACCUUCAUCCGUAAGGACUGCUUGGUGAGACACCUACGAACCCGACAUCGGGAAGAGUACAUGAAAGAUGAUAGCCAAAGAACUGAGGAAAAUCUCGCCCCCACGUCUGACGGCACCGUCCUGGUAGAGGUGAUGAACGAUCCAGCCUGCCCAGAAGCGGAUCCUACAGUGUUGGAAAUUGAUGGCGAAGUUUAUCAAAUAACACCAGUCGAUGAUAUACAAAUCGUACAAAUCAAAUCAAACGCUGACAUAAAAACAAAUUCUGAACUUGAUAACAAUAAUAAACCUGAGAUACUAGAGGUUGUAACCCUUAUUCCCCCUUCAGACAAUCCAACAGAGCAGGUUUCAGCAGAAAAUCUGAAGGAAACCUAG